AGGAGCCAAAACAGGAGAGGCGGCGAGGGACCAGCGUGCAAAGCGAAGACUACUAGCGUGCUGCGUGCCGGCCGGACAGACGGAGCAGGGAGGAAAGGCAGCCGAGAGCACCAACUCCCCCUCGGCCCUCUGAGGAGUCUCGUCUCCACUCCGCUCCACUCCACUUCGCUCGCUCAAACACACGAGCUUCCAACGAUUCCAUUCCCAGCUCGCUCUCCCCGCACCUUUUCCUCCGUCCAUCCCCCCGUUCCUCCCAACCCAUUUCAAAUCGCACCAAAAACCCCCCCCUCGAGGGCCGAGGACCUGGAGCGUGCGAGGCCGCCCCUCUCCGCGCUCGCAGCAGGCACCCGCCCCGCGUAGAUCCCCCCCAUUCCUCGAUCCCGUCGCUCGCUCGCCGCCGGUCAGAUUCCGGAUCCGCGGGGAGGUCUCGUGCGGAGGCGGGGAGGCGCUGCUGUCCGUGGUCCGUGCCUGCCUGAUCGGUUGCCGCGAGUUGGCGGGCGGGUGGUGUGGUGGUGGUGCGCCGGCGGUGGGUUCUGGCAUGGGGUUGCGGCGCCGGGGCAUUUCGUCGACCAGGCGGUGGGCGGCGGCCUAAGAUGCGAGGGCGGCUGGACCGGGGAGUGGGGCACCAGCAGCUAGGGGACCGCUUCUCGCCGUGCGCCGCCGGCGUCCGCCUGCUCAUGCUGCCGGCCGCCCGGGGCCCUCGGCGACGGGCAUUGGGGUUGCGCCGCGCUCUUCCCGCGGGGUGCUGCUGAGACGCAGACGCAGACGCGCGCGCGGCGCCACCAGCCGCUCGCCCUGCCAUGGGCAACAGCACGUCCCGGGUCGUCGGCUGCUUCGCGCCGCCCGACAAGGCCGGCGGCGGCGUCGACCUCGACUUCCUCGAGCCGCUCGACGAAGGGCUCGGCCACUCUUUCUGCUACGUCCGCCCGGGCGCCGUCGCCGACUCGCCCGCGAUCACGCCCUCCAACUCCGAGCGCUACACGCUCGAUUCCAGCGUCAUGGACUCGGAGACCCGCAGCGGCUCCUUCCGCCACGAGCCCGCCGCCGCCGACGACCUGGCCGCCGCCGCCGCCGGGCUGCAGCGCCCCUGCAGGAGCUUCGGCGAGACCACCUUCCGGACCAUCUCGGGGGCCUCCGUCAGCGCCAACGCGUCCUCCGCAAGGACGGGCAACCUCACCGUCUCCCUCCUCGCCGGUGACGUGCAGGAGCCCGCCGCCGCGUUCGAGAGCACCGCCUCCUUCGCUGCCGUGCCCUUGCAGCCGGUGCCGCGGGGGUCGGGGCCGCUCAACACCUUCCUGUCGGGCCCGCUGGAGAGGGGAUUCGCGUCCGGCCCGCUCGACAAAGGCUCCGGCUUCAUGUCUGGGCCAUUGGACAAGGGAGCCUUCAUGUCAGGUCCCAUCGACGGUGGCAGCAGAAGCAACUUCUCGGCACCUCUUUCCUAUGGCCGGAGGAAGGCUCGUCUGGGGCUGCUUGUACAUAGGAUUAGCAGACCCAUGAAAACCGCAUUGUCAAGAACUUUCAGCAGGAGCUCACACAAUCCAGGCUGGGUUCAGAAGUUUCUGAUGCAUCCUAUGGCUCAACUGCCCUGGGCAAGGGACGCAAAGUCCAGAUCAGAAGGCUCGCAGAAUGGGUUGGAACCUGGGAUACCUGAACCCGAGUAUAAUGUGACCAGGAACCUUCAGUGGGCUCAUGGAAAGGCAGGGGAAGAUAGGGUUCAUGUUGUUCUAUCCGAAGAGCAAGGAUGGCUGUUCAUUGGAAUCUAUGAUGGUUUUAGCGGCCCUGAUGCACCUGACUUUCUAAUGAGCAAUCUAUACAAGGCCAUUGAUAAAGAACUGGAAGGACUGCUCUGGGUUUACGAAGACAGCUCUGAAAGGUGUGACCAUGUAUCUAAUCUUGAAGAGGGUGAAUCAGCUUCUGCUUCUGUGGAUGCUCCUCAUGAUGAUAAUGGCCAGUUCCAGAGUGACAAUGGGAAACAAGAACAGCUUGGUAAUUUUGGAAAACAAAAUGUCUCACCUGGAAAGGGUUGUGAUGAAAGUGUCUUGCAAGUUCAACCAAACUGUACCAGCUGUGAAGAGAAAGAUUUGGCUGCACAGGAUUCAAGUAGUCAGAAGUUGGGCAGGGAUGAGAUAGUUGAGGAAAUGGCUGGAGCUGAUCUGGGAAAUGAUCUCCAAAGUAGAGAAUCUCACAACUCGAACAGCGGUCUUUCUGGUACAGAUCUAAACACCAGCUGUACCUGUGCAACAGAAACCAGUGCCUAUUGUGAUCAACAUGCCAAGUUCUUGAAAGAAAACAGAAAGAGCAAGCGUCUUUUCGAGCUUCUUGAGAUGGAAUUGCUACAAGAUUAUAACAAAAGGUUAUCUAAGGCGUCACUAGAGGAAAGGAAAAUACCGAGCUUGCAUGUUGCACAGGCAGGCACUGCAGAAGGGAGCUCAAGAAACGCAGCUGAGAUCUCCAGGUGUUCAUUGGCAGCAACUGGAGAAUGUUUCGAUGAUUCUGAAGAUCUUGGAAGUUCAAGACAUGCUGAUAGUGUACUUGGCACAGAUCUUAAAGAGUGUACAGGGUGUUCAAUAUCUACAUCUUCAUCAGAGCACAAGCAAGUUACGAGAAGAUUUGUAUUCGGAUCAAAGUUGAGGAAGAUGUACAAAAAGCAAAAAAUGUUGCAGAAGAAGUUUUUCCCAUGGAACUAUGAUUGGCACAGAGAUCAGCCUCAUGUUGAUGAAAGUGUUAUAAAAUCUUCAGAAGUGACUAGGAGAUGUAAGUCAGGACCAGUAGAGCAUGAUGCUGUAUUGAGGGCAAUGUCACGGGCACUUGAAACAACAGAGGAAGCGUACAUGGAAAUUGUGGAGAAGGAGCUUGAUAGACAUCCAGAGCUUGCAUUAAUGGGUUCGUGUGUCCUUGUAAUGUUGAUGAAGGACCAGGAUGUAUAUGUCAUGAAUCUUGGGGAUAGCCGAGCUAUCUUGGCGCAGGACAAUGAUCAGUACAAUAGCUCAAGUUUCUUGAAAGGAGAUUUAAGACAUCGAAACAGGUCAAGGGAGUCACUUGUCCGUGUCGAACUUGAUAGGAUAUCGGAAGAGUCGCCGAUGCAUAAUCCUAACAGCCACCUGAACAGCAAUACAAAAGCUAAGGAACUCUCAAUAUGUAGAUUAAAAAUGAGAGCGGUCCAACUGUCAACUGACCAUAGCACGAGUAUUGAGGAGGAAGUCUUGAGGAUUAAAGUAGAACAUCCUGAUGAUCCCCAAGCUGUCUUUAAUGAUAGAGUGAAGGGACAGCUGAAGGUUACUAGAGCAUUUGGUGCUGGUUUUCUAAAGAAGCCAAAAUUUAACGAGGCACUACUUGAGAUGUUCCGCAUUGACUAUGUUGGAACAUCACCAUAUAUCAGCUGCAACCCUGCUGUACUUCACCAUCGACUCUGCGCAAAUGAUCGGUUUCUUGUACUGUCGUCAGAUGGAUUGUAUCAAUAUUUCAGCAAUGAUGAGGUAGUUUCGCAUGUGUUAUGGUUCAUGGAGAAUGUACCAGAGGGAGACCCAGCGCAAUACCUUGUAGCUGAACUUCUUUGUCGUGCAGCCAAGAAGAAUGGAAUGAAUUUUCACGAGUUACUGGAUAUCCCCCAGGGUGAUCGUCGGAAAUACCAUGAUGAUGUUUCUGUUAUGGUAAUCUCACUUGAAGGAAGAAUUUGGCGAUCUUCUGGAUGAAUGUUGAAACAUGACCCAGUCUGUUCCUUGCAGCCUUGCUUAGUGUAGUAAAUCUCAAUCAGGAAAGGCACCAAUGUCUUGCUCUGUCUUUAUUUUUCAACCAUGUUCAAAUUCUGGCAAUCCAUGUGCCUUUUCUGUCUUCUACAUUUUGGAUUUGCACUGCAUUCUUGGGCAGUCCGAGUCCGACUUGACAUAUACAGGUUUUUCUCUUUUGUUAUUAGGGGAAAAAAAGGUUCUUUUGAGGGCAGAUAUGUUUUCCAUGUGUCCUUUUAAAAUUUAAUUUUGUGUUGUGGGGUUAUUAUUUUUCUUUUCGCUACAUUUUUCUAAUUGCUAGAAAGGACCCUUUUUUUCUAAGUUGGGGCACAGGUGAUUGGUGUCCAGGAUGUUGCGGAUUGAUGCUAAGCAAAUAUGCAUUAUACAGUUGCUUAUGUAAACUUGUUUUGGGGCAUAGGGGUUGGAAGGUUCAUCAAACAGCAGCAUGUGCCAGUCACUUGUGCGGCACUUGGUGUCCAACUUUGUCAGUUUGAUUAGUAUUACGCUUGUCCGUGCUCAGUACCAGAUGAUCCUUUUACGCCGGGUGAAAAUGUGUCCAGGCACUGUGUAAUUGACUGACAUCUUCGUUGUUUGUCGGCUCAUCAGUCAUGAAAUUCAGCUGAUCAGGCCAUGAGCCCAUGAUCUCCUUGCCUUUUGUUUGGAUUCCUAUUCUAGCUCGUUGUGGACCUGUUAGUUACAACCACAGGAGGUUCAACAGGAACAGAAGAUUCCAGAGGAAUGUGUGGUGGUUAUCAGGCCAUGAUGAAUCAACCUCAACUAUGAGAUAAUGACAGUAUUGUGAUUCUGAGCUUGGAAUAUAUGCUAUGACCGAACUUUGACCCAGCAUUUUUUCUCUGGAGCCUUUCACUGCUGGAUUCCCCAUUGGGAGAUGCUGGCUUGCUUGCAUUGCAUUCGGGGUUGAAAAUUCUGGUAUGUUACCAUUGUUGUGUAGUUGGGGUUUGGCACACGUUUUGAUAUAGGGGCAGCGUAAGUGCAUAGGGUGUGAAAUGAUGUGGUCAAUUCUGAAAUAACUUGCAUGAA